UGUGAUUGAGUGGGCGUGUCCAAAAUCCGUUUCCGGAAACAUGGAGGCUGUCUUGAGUGAUGUGGUAGCCCCUGAAGACCUUUUGAAAUUUGAGAAGAAGUACAACAGUGAGCGGACGAAGGGAGCUGUCUCCAAAGAAACCAAGUUUGAAUAUGCCUGGUGUUUGAUCAGGAGUAAAUACUCGGAGGACAUCAAGAAGGGGAUUGUUCUCCUGGAGGAACUUGUUCAGAAAGCGUCAAAGGAUGACUCCCGGGACUAUCUGUUCUACCUUGCAGUGGCCAACUACAGGCUGAAAGAAUAUGAGAAAGCACUGAAGUACAUCCGCACUCUUCUAAAGAAUGAGCCGACCAACAAGCAGGCUCUGGAGCUGGAGAAGCUCAUCGACAAGGCUCUCAAGAAAGACGGCCUGGUGGGCAUGGCCAUCGUCGGCGGGAUCGGCCUCGGAGUGGCGGGCCUGGCGGGCCUCAUCGGCCUGGCCGUGUCAAAGGGAGCUGCCAAAUCCUAACCUGGGCGCGACUUUCCUGGACUGACCUGCGUUAACGACCAGUCAAGGCUUUUUUUUUUUCGUUUGGCUCAAGCUUGAAGGAUGUGUGAUGACGGUUCAAAGCUGAACAUUUUCUGCAACUCAAGUUUGACGCGAUGCCAGUGAAUAUCAUGUUUUCAUACUUUAACAGGGUUAACAGGCAGUGUUUUGUUCAUCUGGCUGUCUUUUCACACAACAACAGCGUGACACUUUCUCAUUACUUCUCAGUUACCCAAAACAAAUAAGGUGUGGUUCAGAUUUACAAAAAAAGUUGUUUGCACUUCCACCUGACUUUAUUCAUAUUUAUAUUUUGUCCAAAUUAUGUUUCUGGAAGGGAAGUCGUGGUUCGGUUUGUGUUUCGUUGUUUUUGAAUUGUCGAAGAAAGUGCAGAAGAAAAGCGGAGACGCGAUGUCAAGAGGAGCAGAGUCUGUUGUUGGUGAUGCUGUUCGUCUUGGAGAAGGUUGAAAAAAUUAUGAGAUGUUUUCAUCUAUUGAGAAAGCUCCUUUUUUUUCUAAUCUAUCCUAAAUACAUCUUGGAAGAGGGCUGCUGAAAUGUAACAUUUAACAUUUUGAUGCAUCACCAACAUUCACCUCUGCUGCAUUUAAUCAGCUGUUCUUUCAUUCUUGUUAAAUAAAAUAAAUCAAAUAGUGUAA